AUGCGCCAUAUUGUUAACAUAUGUGACAAUAAAGAACCAACAGAUUAUUCAGAAUUGGCAGAAACUGCCGUUGAAGUGCGAGAAAUAUCUAAAAAAUUGGGACAAGCACGCAUACAAAGUGUCGUGGAAACUGUAUUGAUUGUGACAAAACCUGGUGAUUCGAAAUUAAUCGCUCUGACAAAAGAAUUAGUGAUGUCUUUGAUUACUACGCCUAGGUUUGGUAAAAGUCACGGAGUCAUUGUUUACGUAGACAUAUCAUUAAAAAGUUCAAAGAAGUUUGAUUAUAAAGGAUUGAUUAACGGUUCAUCGAUUAUUGGAAGUCAUUUGAAGUUCUGGACACCAGAAUUGUGUGCCGCUAGUCCUGAGAUUUUUAAUUUAGUGUUAACACUUGGUGGUGACGGAACAGUUUUGUAUACUUCAUGGUUAUUUCAAAAAGUUGUUCCGCCAGUGUUAGCUUUUCAUUUAGGAUCUUUAGGAUUUUUAACAAAUUUUGACUUUAAAGAUUAUAAAAAACAUCUGACGAAUUCGAUGGAAAAAGGGAUACGAGUAAACUUACGAAUGAGAUUCACCUGUACAGUAUAUCGCCGAGUUCAAAAUCCAGAACAUCAAAUAAAAGCUAAAAGAUGCACUGAGACAGGUGAGAUAAUGAUGCAACAUAUAAUAAAUGGCAAAUCCAAUUGGGCGGACGUGGAGAAUCAUAAUCAUAGUGAACAUCAUCAGUGUUCAAUGGACAAAGAUUUGCCUUGUUUGAUUACACAUCCGUCAGAAUCAUUUGAGGUUUUAAAUGAUUUGGUGGUGGAUCGUGGAGCUGGACCGUAUAUGAGCUUGUUGGAAUUAUUUGGUGAUAAUCAACAUUUAACGACAGUUCAAGCCGAUGGGUUGGUAGUUUCCACACCUACAGGAUCUACUGCUUAUUCGGUUUCGGCCGGUGGUUCACUUGUUCAUCCAGGGAUUCCGGCACUUUUGAUCACGCCCAUAUGUCCGCAUACAUUAUCGUUUCGACCUAUGCUUUUGCCAGAUUCAUUGGAGUUGCGAAUCUGUGUACCAUACAAUAGUCGUAGUACGGCAUGGGCAAGUUUUGAUGGAAGGGGUAGAAUUGAGUUGAAACAGGGAGAUCAUAUUAAAGUCACUCCAUCAAAGUUUCCAUUUCCAACUGUAUGCCUUGAAUCACAAUCCAAUGAUUGGUUCAAUUCGAUUUCACGUUGUUUACGUUGGAAUGAACGCGAGAGACAAAAAGGGUUUGUGGUGUUUGAAGAAGGAUCAGAUAUUAACGAAGAUGUAAAUGAGGAGGAAAAGGAAGAGCUUGACGAAGAGGGUAAAUUGGGAAAGUAUAAAGUGGAUGAAAAUAGUGAACAAGGGAACGACUGUUCUGAUAGUGCUACAAGUGACGUUGAAGAGUGGCAAGUAGUUAGUCGUUUAAAAAAUAAGAAAAAGCAUCAAAAAUAA